AUGACCAUUGCAAUUAUAUUUUUAAUUGUUGGUUUGAAAUAAUUAUUAGAUUAUUUUCGAGUUUCACGUGAAACAACUUGUCUCGGCUACGGACAGACGACAGAACAGUGUUCCUCUUUCUCCAAGGCGUUUAUUACGCAAGAUUAUGUGGAAUGGUCUGCGGUUACACUUCAUUCGACUGCAAAAGAUGCGAGACUUUGUAAACACACAGGCAUGGUAUAUGUAUAUGAAACCUGUCACCUCAUUUACACAUAAAUUACAUAGCAAUAAUUGCAAAAUUAGGAACGUUAUUCUUAAGUUGUGAAAUUUUUAAAUUUCUGCUAUUGUCUACAGACAGUAAUUAAUCCCGUCGCUUUGAAUGUCAUUUAA